UACUACCGUAUAGGAAUUGAUAUUUACAAGAUGGUUGGCACUACGUUAUUAUCGCUGGGUGACCGUUUUUCCAACCCUGAUGGCGAUUAUAUCGUCCUGGCAUCGGAAGCUUCCAUUCGCGCACACAUUUUGAAUCAGCAUCUGAACGUGAAAAACGUUUUGAUGAUGGGAUCAGGAUUUCCUGAGGAUCUAGAUAAGGCAAAAUUUGCUACCCAUGAUGAAUACGUUGUGGCUACUGCUGACGGAAAAGCUCGUAUAGUUGCUGAAACUAUUUUCGGAGCUGACACUGCUGAGAAGCGCGCUAAUAUAUUGAAGGUUUUGCGUCAUCCUUACUGCGACAUUGACUCAUCAUUUGACUUUAAUAAGAUAAAGUUUGUCAUUGGUGGUGACACAGUUUGCAGCUGUGGUGAUGAGAUUUUUGAGAAGCCGGCCGAUGAGAAGGAAGCUCUCAAGCAAUUUAGUUCUUAUCAAAUUCACGACCCGGUUUUCAUUACUGGGAUAUCAAUCUACUGUCGUCCCUUGGGUGCGUCUAAGCCUGCGUGUACCUUCUCCGACAAAACCCAUGUUAAAUUCCAGCGCAUGACUCCUGAGGAUAUUGAUGCUUACAUUAAAACUAAGAAUUACAUAGGUACUGCUGGUUCUUGCAGGGUGACUGCAUGUGCUGAGUCUCUUGUAGAGCGAAUUGAAGGUAGUUACACGUCUAUAAUCGGUAUGCCAGCACAAAAACUAUCCUACAAUUUAUGCAAGUUGGCUAACACACUGUUUUAAUGAUUAGUAUACAUUAUAUUGUGUA